GGAGCGGGGAAGCACUGGACUGAGGAGGAGGUUAAAGCCUUGCUGAGCGUCUGGUCAGAAAAAACCAUCAGAAAGCAGCUCCACGGCACCCUGAGGAAUAAAGGGAUAUUUAUCUACAUCGCUAAAAGGUUGCAGGAGUUAGGAGUUUGCAGGGAUUGGAAGCAGUGCCGUGCAAAGUACAAAAACCUGAAGUAUGAAUACAGAACGGUUAAAUACGCCCGCAACUCCGGGGAUGUCACUAAAACCAUGAAGUUUUUCCACGACCUGGAUGCCAUAUUGCGAUGCGAACCUGUCACACAGUUAGCGGCAGAGGAGAACGGCCGGGGUUCUGCGACCGAGACGCAGCUGACCGCACGGCAAGCCCCGCCACAGACGGCACGCAAGAAAUCCUUGAAGAUGAGGGGGACUUUGCCAACUCCACCCCAGCAGCUCUGGCAGAUACCCAAAUAAAGAAGGAGACGAUCGACUUAGAUGAUGACUCGAUAAGCACUACCUCAGAAGACAGAUCUUGUACACCAGUAGCAAAGCGGGUAGUCGGGCCAGACACUCACAUUCCCUUGGAAGAAACGCAAAAUCACUUUAAAGUUAUUACAGUUAAUGAUACUGGAGCAGGAAAACACUGGAGUGAUAACGAAGUCAGAGCUCUGAUAAACAUAUGGUCAGACAAAAAGAUACAGCAAAUGCUUGAAGGGGCCACCAGAAAUAAAGAAAUAUUUGAGGAAAUUGCCAGAAGGUUAAUGAAACGUGGUAUAGACAGAGACUGGAAACAAUGUCGCACCAAGUACAAGAACCUAAAAUACGAAUACCGCGCGCUGCAGAAGGAAAAUGAGCAUCUUGGUAAUCCCAGGAGGAAAAUGAGGUUUUACGACGAGGUCGACUGUAUCUUGAGAAGACAGCCUCUGGGUCCCUCGAGCUGGGGAUGUGAAAGCUCAAGUCUCCUAUCAGGUACUAAAAAAUGA